ACCCAAUCUUUAAUUCAAAUACAACACCACCCUUCUACCAACACUUUUCUUCAACCAAAUUAAUCCAGAAUUGCAUUAAUUCCCAGUCAAUGACCAGCAAUAUUGGAUCCAAGUCAUUUCCUCUACCACUUGAAAGUACCAAUUUGAAUGAUAAUCACAAAAAAUUCUUCAGUGUGCUACCCUACUUUGGUGUCAUCAACAUGAUAAUCACUAGUGGCACCACAAUCUACCGUGCUUACAACAACGGUGACAUUCAAAUGAUAGCAUUCGUCACUUUUAUGUUCUUUGGCACCUUCCUCUUGGACUAUUGGAUCCGCUUGUACAACAAGAUGCCUCCACAUGAUCAAUCCUAUGAGAAGCUAAAGCUGAAAAUUCGGAUAUGGGUGUUGGUCAGUUCCAUAAUGUUUGGAUUUGCCUGCGAAUUCUCAACGUUUAUGGGCUUCUAUGGGUCUAUAACCUUUUUUGGGGUAGUGAUUAGUGGCAACACUUUCCUCUUCUAUGUGUAUUUCAUUUGGGAGGGUGAUAUGAGUGGGAAAACAUGCUCUAUUACGAGUGCAGGGAAAAGCAAAGAGACUCUCGGUAGUUCGUACAAUGGUGAGAAUGGAGAUGAGAAUGAAUAUAUGGCCCUGACAAAGGGUGUGGACAAUGUGUAAAAUUAGGGUGCAUGGCUUUGAAAUUCUUAGUCCUCUAGGUAAAUCGAAAAAAUUAUACCUACAUAAUCAUUUAUUUGAAUUUUGUUA